AUUUGAGUUAAUCGAAUCGCUUUCCAAGGUAUAACCACAAGUGACAUUCAAGUACGGUACAGCGUAUAGACCAAACUUAAGUUUGGGGAAAAGAAAUUCUCAAAGGGAAUAAUGGCGUUCUGACAUUCCCAUGCAUAUGAAUCAACCAAUGAAUCAACCAAUGGCCGUGAUUUUCUUUGACUCGCUCAAGUCUGAACGCAAAUGCAUAAAUAUCAACCCAUGUUUUGGGAGUGUCAAUUUAGGCACUCCGUCAAAUAAGGUGUUGUCUUAAUUUGAUCUGGUCGUUUUCGGGAGCAGAAUUCCUCUCGACACAAUUACUCCAAAUGGAGAGGUCAAGCAUGGCGACUAAUCCGCAUUUCACAAACAGGGAUCGACCAACUCUCUUGCCGCCCAUGCCCAAACUAAGACGGAAGCCGGGAUUCGAACUCGAAGACCGUGAGGCUAAGCCUGAGCCUGAGGAGGUCACUACCAGUCGACUCCUGAUGAAAAAUGAAUGUCGGGGCUCGGGUCGAAAAAAAAGCAAUGGAUCCUUGGUCCAUUCUAUCCCAAAGUUCACACAAGUCAAACCCAAUGAGAGGCUCAGCGAGGUUCAGAAAGUUCUUCAGAAUCGGAUCCGGUUAAAACAACAAAGGAAGAGACUGGAGCAAGAACAGCAAGAAAUCCAGAGUUUUUCACACCAUAUUGAUCAACAAAGACAGCAGAACAGCAGAAACCCAGUGUUACUAAGUGACCGACAUAGAAUUCCAGUGUCCGUUCCGGGAUUGAGCGGAGUAGAGAUCAAACUCGUUCCAUCGUCUGCUUCGGUUGCCUCUUCUCAGUCCAAUCUUCCCGCGGCGAGUUUACUUCAAAAUAUCAUGAGCUUUCACGAAAAGCGUGAGGAGCGAAUCACAAAACCUCUCAGCAGAUCCAAUGAAUCUGGAUCCAAAUCUGCUGGUCAUAAGAGAAGAGGCCGCAAGCCCGCCAAAGAUGAAAUUUGCCACUUUGUAUCAAGUAGAAGCUCCCCAAAAGCCUUCCGCCCAAUUGUACCCCUGCCACAGCUUAGUGAGGUCACCAUAACGCCAACCCUGGUGACAAGACCGUCUGCAAAUGACAGGACGACAAUUUCAAGGGAGGAGGCAUUGGACCUUCGCAAAACUGGCAGAGCCAAAUCUCAAACCCCGCCAGAAAUCUUGGAGGUGGAUGUCGAUCCUGAACAAAUGAUUUUUGAGGAUCGCCAGAGCCCUCUGCCCAUGAUGAUGCCCCCCGUUCUGAGUCCCAUGGAUUUUGAGAGUUUGGGAGCUCCACCGGGCUAUGUUUUUGAGCCUCGUUCAGCUGUGUUCGUCCACCCCUCUGCUCUUCAUCUGGGCCUUCCGGGAUUACUGCCUCAUCAUUUUCCUCCCUUGGGACAUUUGCGAUCCCUACCUGGCACUACUUCCCCCUCCUCGUUGCCGUCGUCUCAAGCGCUUUCAAUCACUCCAAUCAAUUCCAAAGAGUUUUCACACCUCGAGGCAAUGCAGUCAAUGCAAAGUGUUAUGCGAUACAAACCAAAUCGGGUAUUCAGAGAGGCUGGGGUCCCACUCGAGCCCCAUUGCCCCCAAAGCUCAUCUGCUCCACCACGAGUGAAGAAGAAGAAAGUCCGACCAACCACUUCGGAUGGAUCACAAGAGGUCAGUAUUUGCAAAUUCAAAUUCACUGGGGGAGAUCGGCCCAGUUUGGAAGAGAAGAAAAUGCUUUCCGUGGAUUCCACGGGAAAUUUCAAGUAUUUUUCGGGCUCGGGAGAGAGAACCAUGAGAGGUUCGGAAUCAAUGCCCAUGGAAUUGAUUCACACAAAUUCACGAAUCAUCACAGACAAAUUCACUUCCUUAACCGCAGAGAAGAUUGCCCUAGCCAAUUCCGAGAAGAACUCGCAUCUAGUUAAUUCAUCUGAGGGCCAUUCUCCUCACAUUAGUAUUGGAUAACAUAUGCAUAGUUUCUAGUUAACAUUCAGUAAAUUAUAGUCGCAAUAAAUCCACCUCAGAGCUAA